AUGACCGAUCGAGUGAGGGACGGCGACCUCGCCCGAUCAUCCUCCCACAUCGCUGCUGCCGGCACCGACUCACCCGGCGGCUCAGUACGGCCACGCAACAGACGAUUGAUCAGCACGGACGGCGAUGGGCCCUCGAACCAAACGUCGGGCCUCUUAUCCGCCCUGAGCCCGGCGACAAGCCGCUCGGUCAGCCCGCUACCACGGACGAGAUCGUUGGGCGUCAGCCCCAGCAGACCGAACAACUUGUCCACGGGCGACCUUGGACAAUUUUUCAGCGAUUCUUGGAACCAGAGCUGGUCUUCGGUGCAAGACUUGACAAGCUCCCUCUUCAACAGCAGCAACGGGCCAUCGUCGCUGGGAAAGGGGCUGCUGAACGGCGGUGGCGGGCUCAAGGCUUUCCCUCGUGGACGCCGAAUAUCUAAUACCAGUGGAGAGCGAAAAGCCAACGCUUCGUGGGGUCCGGCACCGCCCACGUCGGGACCGAACUUGGAUGACGUGGCCUCUGGAUCGUUGGCGCAGAGGCAUGCUGCCCUCAAAGCUGCCCGCACGGCCAGCGUGCUGGAGAGCCACACGGGGGUGAAUGGCGGGCUGGACGUGUCGGGCAAGCACAAGCGCCGGAACUCGGACGAAGCUGUCACGGACAAACCGGGACCUGAUGACUACCUGGUCUACGUGCACUGGGUGCAGGCGAGCGACACCUUUGCCGGCAUCGUACUCAAGUACAGGUGCCGAGAGGAUGUCUUUCGACGGGCCAACGGGCUCUGGUCGAGGGACAGCAUUCAAACACGCAAAUGGGUGACUAUACCGGUGGAUGCCUGUGACGUCCGCGGGCGACCCUGUGAAGCGCCGUCAUGGCGCAAUGUGCAGGGCGUUGAUCUGCUUGCACCCACACCCGCGAUCGAAGACGCGUCGGCAUCCAAGGCGACCCACGACGACUAUUUCAGCAAGGCAAACGGAUUCGGCGCCGACGAGGCGCAGGCUGAAGAGGAGGAGAAACCGUGGCAGCACGUUCGCUGGGUAAAGGUGGAUUCGAUACCACAACCCGUCGAAAUCGGCCGCGUUGCCAGGGGCGCCAUGGGGUACUUCCCGCCCAGGAGAAAGAAGAGCAUCAGGACUAUAUCCUCUCUUUCCACGCCGCGACAGAGUUUCGAGAUCGCCUCGGGACCUUCUGGCUCCGCCGAGGGGCCAUCUUCACGCCGUCCUAGUUCUCUCAGCAGCCGCCCCGCGUUCCCGGGGUCACCGCCCUCGAACCGCAGCCGCAUGGGGAGCGACCCAGCAGACGAGAGGCCCGCAUGGAUGAAGCGACCUGGUGGUGUGGGCUCCAUGGGCAGGAACGUGAGGGCGCCUGGACCUGACAAAGACGUUAUCAAUUCAUGGACUAAGAAGCAUAUACCCGGGCUGAACAUUGAUGGGCCGUCCAUGUCUAUUAUGGGUUCGGAGACGGCCAAGUUUGGUUUCGGCAAGGACGCUGGUAUCGCUGAGAGCUCGUACGAAGAAGGCCGCGAUGCUAUCGCGCCCACCCGCCAGGGAACAGGCAUUGACCGUGCGGCGGCCGCUGUCGAGACCUGGCUCCGCGGCGCGCUCGCAAAGGGACCGGGCACGCCCUUGGGCAAGGCGCGUGCCGGCCGCAGUGAUCAUCCCAACGAUCUCAUUGAGCUCACGGACACGAUGAGUGACGACGGGCGGGGCGGGUUCUUUGACAACUCGCUGAAUGUGGAUGGUUUGUCACUGGGGUCCAGCGCACGCAACGACGCAGCUGGCGGUAUCCGUGGGAGGACAGUGGGAGAGGCACAGAAAGGCAGCAAGGCGGAUUGA